AUGUUCAAGUAUUGUGUUCAAUGUUUGGAUGUUUACAUGAUUCCAUAUCCGCAGCCUCCUUCUCGUGUGCAAGUACCGAAUAGUGUCCCUGGAGGCACAAGGUCAAAAGAAGAAAAAGAUGCUCUUGACGCUUUGGCAUCAUUGUUUACUAUGCUGAAUCUGGAUGUUUUUGGAGAAAUUUUUACGAAAUACAUGGAUUUCUUUGUUGUUCGCAUGGCGAAAAAUCUUCCACUGCAGCUAGCAUGUAAUGCCUUCCUAGUACGAGCAGAUGUAUCCUUCAGAUUUGGUUGUAUAAUUGUCAAAUACCUCAUGGAUAGACUUCCCUCUCUAGCAGUCAGCUUUCAUUCAGUGAUGAACGACGUCUCUCAGCUGUAUGUGAAGUUGUUCAAAAUUAUCUUCUCAGCAAUUGGCUGCCAAAAUUCUGCCAGUCCAGAUGGCGAAAUCAUGUUAAAGCCAUAUCUACCUGAGUUGAUUCGCAAGUCAAUGGAAUAUGCCUUGUGUGCUCGAGAUCCUAUCAACUACUUUAUGCUUCUGCGCGCGCUGUUUAGAUCUAUAGGCGGAGGGCUGCACGAUAUUCUUUACUCUCAGUUUCUUCCUCUCUUACCUGAUCUCAUGUUAUUUUUCAACAAGCUACAGGUACAUCCCGCUUAA